AUCAGGUGACAGUCCCAAAGGGAUCUCCAUGACCGAACCCGUCAUACCUAGUAUCAUUUAAUUGGUUUCGCUUUUGUAAUAAAGGUGUCUGAGUAAGGGUGGAGUUAUUCAAAUCUCUGAACUGCCAACACUACAUAACUUAAUCAAGAGGCUUGUCUCUAGAUCCAACACUGGUGUUAGGAGGAGCCCAAGCAUCAUUAUUUAGGAUGAGCUGCAGCUCAGUGAAGAAGACAGAGUUCACUGUCAAGAGCGUUCUGGUGACUGGAUCCAAUCGAGGAAUUGGCCUGGGACUUGUGAAGCGCUUUCUAGAGCUACCAAAUCCACCAGAAUGGAUCUUUGCCACCACAAGGGAGCUGGCUGGAUGCCAAAGCAAGGAGGUCAUGGAGCUGGCAUUGAAGCAUCCAAACCUGGUGGUGUUGGAGCUGGAUGUCACAGAUCCAAACAGCAUAAAGGCAGCUGCGAAGAGAGUGGAGGCGCAUUUGCAAGGACAUGGACUGAAUCUCCUGAUAAACAACGCUGGCAUGUUACGGGUGACCACCAUGGAGAAUGAGAAUGUUGAGACCAUGGCAAUUGUAUACCUAACUAACACAGUUGGGCCCCUGCUGAUGAGCCAGGUAAGAACACACUUGACAACCAAGAAACUCCUUUGAUACUGAGCCAAGACUGUCCUGGAACGAACUGAGACGCUUGG